GGCGGCUCCCGGCGCAACGCCUGGGGCAACCAGUCGUACGCGGAGCUCAUCAGCCAGGCCAUCGAGAGCGCCCCGGAGAAGCGGCUCACGCUGGCGCAGAUCUACGAGUGGAUGGUCCGCUCCGUGCCCUACUUCAAGGACAAGGGCGACAGCAACAGCUCCGCCGGCUGGAAGAACUCUAUUAGACAUAACCUGUCCCUGCACAGCAAGUUCAUUAAAGUUCAUAAUGAAGCCACAGGCAAGAGUUCUUGGUGGAUGCUCAAUCCUGAAGGUGGUAAAAGCGGAAAAGCACCAAGAAGAAGAGCUGCCUCCAUGGACAACAGCAGCAAACUUGCGAAAGUCAGAGGCAAAGCAUCCAAAAAGAAGGCUUCUCUACAGUCCACUUCAGAAGCCACCGCUGACAGUCCCGGCUCCCAAUUCCCCAAGUGGCCUGGGAGCCCGUCCUCAAGGAGUAACGAGGACUCUGAUGUGUGGAACACUUUCCGGCCUCGAACCAGUUCCAAUGCGAGCACCAUCAGUGCCAGGCUUUCUCCUAUCCUGACCGAGCAGGAUGACCUCCAUGACGAAGAGCUGCUCCCCUCUCUGGUGUACUCCAGCGCGUCCAGCAACGUUCCACCAACCGUGACCGAGGAGCUUGAGCUCAUUGAUGGGUUGAAUCUGAUGUCCCCCAGCUCGGCUGUGCUCUCAACGCAGCAGUCUGCCUCGAGUGGUCCCAUCCAGAGAGAUUCCAGCUUUUCCUUGCGGAGCCCAAACGCAGCUGGUCAGACGGCCACUUUUGGCAAUUCCCUGUUCAACCCCGUCGACAUCUCGCUGCAGAGCCCCGUCAGCCACUUCUCUGGCCCGCAGACCUUGGAAGCUCUUCUGACACCCAGCUCUCCGCCUCCGAGGGAUGUUCUGAUGACUCAGGUGGACCCGGUUCUCCCACAGACUGGUAGCAGGAUGAGCAACCGAACUCUCCUGCUUCUAGGUGGGCAAGCUGGCCAGAGUAAGAUGAGCCCAGGUAAUCCCCGAGGAAAGCCUGCGGAGCAACAGGCAGAGCCAGUUGGUGCCAGUGUUUUGCCAUCAACACUUCCCAUGGUAGCCUCUCCUCAGAACACUGCCAGCAUGGCCAGUUUGAAGGCUCCAGUUUCUGCAGCAGCUGCCCAGUCAGUCCAGCUGGGCACCCCACCGCUUCUUUCUUCUGUUAGCCCUGUUUCUGUGGGAUUGAACCAGGACAGGCUGCCCACUGACCUGGACAUUGACAUGUACAUGGAGAACCUUGAAUGUGAUAUGGAUUACAUAAUCAACAGUGACCUCAUGGAUGGAGAAGGACUGGACUUUAAUUUCGAACCCAUUCUAUCUACUCCCAGCUAUCCCAGCACCUCACAGGCCUCCAACCAUACCUGGGUACCAAGUUAACUUCAGGAGCACAAAAAGUGUCCUUCAGGUUUUGAACAUCGGGUUCUGACUUCGCUUCCCACCCCGGCAGAGAAAAGAACGGAGCAUGUUGGAUACAGCUUCCCUGCACACCACACCUAGGGCAGAAGGGGCUGCCUACCUGGGAAGAAGGGGGCAACCCGCACCUGGCUGCGACAGGAAGAGUUGAAAAGGAAUAAUCCUGCUACGUGCCACAUCUCUUCCUACAAACCUCACCUUGCCUUGGACGUUCUGGGGAGACCCGUGUCCAAAGAGGAGGCCUGGUAAAAGCCCCGGCCAGAGUUUUCUGUGCCGGGCAAUAGCGUUUCCCCAUGUGAAGAGUUGCUUGUUGGAGGGGUGUCUCCCUGGCUGUCCUGUCCCUGCUGUGGCAGGGAGUCCCCAGUGCCUCGGCCGGGCAGGUCCUCGCUCGGCUUGCCCCCUGGGAUGAAGUAGUUGGACGUUUUCCUUAAGCCACCAGAUGUGCACUUGGAAUCCCACCGAUGUGCAGAGGACGUGGAAGAGCUUACGGAGGGAAGCCCGCGGCGAGCUGGUGGUUGCCCUGCUCCCCAGCGUCCCCCGCAGCAAGGGCCGUGGAGAGGAAGGCUCCCCGUGCCCACGCGAGCAGGCGGGAGGAUGCCCAGCGCCUCACCGUGCCAAGAGAGCCCCCCGAAGCAGAAGCACGUUCGGAGCAGCCCCCGUGCUCUCCUCAGCACCUUCCCGACGCACCGGACCGCUCCAAAGCGGGCGCGGGUGCUAAUAGCCAUUUCGGGGGCAUCACAACAUGGUCUUGGGUUUGUUUCCGAGCUGUCCUGCUGCAGCAGUGCCGGGGAAAGCCUGGGUGUGGCCUUAACAGAGCCCUGGUUGCUUUUCAGAAGGGCAUUUUCUAUAGAUGAAAUAUUUUUUUACUAAUCUGGGAACUUUCUACAGUAAUUAUGAAGCCAAUGUUAAGCGUGUCCCCAUUAGGCAUAUUAGGCAUCUCUCCCUCUGAGAAAGGUACAGGCGACAGAGUCUUUUUCAGAGCUAUAUUAGGAACAAAUACAUUUGCUGUUGGAUAAUGUGUAUGAUUGAGGGGAAAGAAUUGGCAGGUCCCCGCAGUUGAAAACCACCUUGGGGAAGGGUUGUACAUUAUUGUAAUCUAUAUGUAAAAGUAGCUGCAAAUUACAUAGAGGCUUUUCUAAACCUUUUUAAAUAUAUAUUAUAUAUUUUAAUUGAAAAUGAGAUUAUUGGAUAAAAACAUGUUUGCUGCACCUGUCCCCUUGAUACCGGCUAACACUACAGUAUGGGAGGGGACAGACUUAGGGCAUUGCGGGACGAGGAGAGGAAGGUGUCACUGGAAAAGUGGGAAGGGCACCGCAGGAUAGAUGGAGCAAAGCUGCUCUUCCCGAAAUAGGUGGAAAGCGCUGGUCUGUGUGGCAGGGCAUCCCACCCGGGCUCCGGAGGCGCUUCCCUGGGCCGGGAAGCACGAGGGUAGGGAAUGCUAAUCAUUAACAGCGCGCUCGUUCUCGGCUAAUCCUUUAAGUAGCUGCACUGCAGCUGAGCCAUCGGACAUGGAUUCCCUAGGGAGGUGGCGGGUUCGGAUCGCACAGGGUCUAGGCGCUGUUGGGUGUGUUGGGUCGCUGGCUCUUGGGUUUCUGCAGCUCCUUGUUUUCUUGCUGGGGUUUCUGUUGCUGCUCGUGAGCUAGAGCCUGGCAGAGGCACCCAGGGAUGUGCCUGGGAUUCUGCCCUGUCCCUUCGUCCUUGCGUGCUGGAAGGGAGAAGUCACGAGCUGGUUGGGGGCAUCAGCUGGCACGUUCCUGUCGUCAUCUUGGUGUUUGCGGUGGUCGGAUCCGAGGGAUGAGGUGCUCUUGGGGUGUCCUAGGAACCUUGGCCGGGCAGAGAGUCUCUGGGCUCUUUCCAUCCACAGGUAUCCCGCAGCGAGCAGCACCACCUAGGCUGCUUGGAGCUUUUUCUUGAUUUUCACUUCAUUUUGGUGGAGAGCAGGGCAAAAAUGGUCAAUCUGGUUGCCUGAAGCAAGAGCCUUUUCCUGCCGUGUCCUGCCACGACAGCCUUUGCAUAGCUUGGAUCCUCCAGCUUUGGAGGCGCUCUUCAUUGCAGACCUCGUGGUGGGAGCUUCAAACUCGCCCUCCGCCUGUGUGGCCGGCCGCACUUCAUUGGAGGGAGAUGAGGGGAAGGCGAAAAAUGUCAGGUGCUCUGCAGGGAUCCCAAAUCGUGCAGAUCUGAGCCAUAAACACCCAUUCUUACUGCAAUGAGUUCAUUAGAAAAAUUGAUCCCCUUUCCACAAACACCCAGUCCAAAAAUGCAGCCUAUAUUGCACACAGAGCGAGGUGACAGCUUGACUGGAACUUGCAUCCAAGGCCACGAUGCCCACGUGUGUGACACCCUGCACCCUCUUGGCAUGGAAACAACCCAAGCAGUAAAGGCAGUGUUGGUUGUGAGGCCUUCAGAGCUGCAAAUCCUCAGGGAGCCGUUUCUGGAUGGUCAGUCGGCAUGAGAGGUGUCUGCUUCAGGGUCUCCUGAACUGUCUCCCCUGGCUGCUGCGUCUUCUCUGCCUCUUCCCAAUGAAGGAGCUGCAGCCCUGGGUGCAACAGGGUUCAUCAGAGUUGGUACCACCAGCGUGGCUUGAUAGGGGGCUGCCCUUUUAUGAAGGAACGGAGUAGGUGCCUAUGUUUUUUCCUAUUCCCAGUGCCAGAUUUACAGAGCAUGAGCUGUUCUGGGGGCUUCCCGGGUGCCGAGCACCCCUGGCAGGAGUCCUGCGUGCACUAGCGCUGAGGAGGGAGUUCGGGAGACGGGAGGUGCUCUCGGAAGGCACCAUGAACCGUGGAUGUAGGUGCUGUGACUGCGCUGGGUGUGGCGGGAUAGCUGGAAUCAUGGUCAUGGUGGUGGGGUAGCAGGAAUCACGGUCAUGGAGGGCAGGGAAGCAGAGAGCUUUGACGUUUUCCAGCCCCUUCUCAGAUAAUUCUCACAAACCUUGAGUUUUUCUAGCCGGGGAUACUGCCUCCGAGGACCCAAGAGACUUCCAGGUUCCCAGGCUGCUGCUUGCAGAAGGGAUGCACCUGUGUGAGGGCUUGUUCAACACUUAUCCUCUCUAUUCGCUUUCCUCGAGCGUUUGCUGCUGGCGGCAGGAUGGUGCCCGGGUGGCUCUGUGCUCCGAGUUGCCCUGGCAGAUCCCAUCCUCGCGAGCUGCUGGGCUCUUAACAGGAGGUUAGGCUGGGAUUUGGAGAGUGCCUGGGCACGUGGAGGGGGACGGAAGGUGCAAUUGGGACCUGCCGAAGUGCCUGGGAUGAGCGGCAGGGGCUGCGACACGAGGCCUUGGUGGUGCCGGGUGCCCCCCUUGUCCCGUUGGCCGGGAGUUUCUUCAUCCCCGAGGAUGAGGCGCUGUAUUUGGCUGCGCGGAGCCGCCUCCGGAGGGCUGGUUGCUGGUGUUUGCACCGGGGUUCACCGCGCGCCCAGGCCCUCCUCACGACUCCAGCACCUUUUCCUGCGUCCCGUCUUCUGCAGGAGCCUGCAGUGCUCAACGUUUCUUGGAGCCCCGAGUUCUGCUCGCCGCUGUGUCCAAGAACGUGGCAUCCCCGACGCUGCACUGCUUUAGAAACAGCCGUCAAAUCACUCCGUAAGGGAGAGGAAUGAAGGCAGUGGGAGCGUUCCAGAACCUGGCUGUAUUCAUAAAGGAGGCUCAUACUAGAAGCAAGUAGCACUAAUCAGCUUUUCCAAAGGAAAUGCCUAGAAAGCUUUUAUAUAGAUCAUGAUUGGUUCGUUUUCUUACUUAGUUGCUUAUUUAUAGCCACACUCAAAUGCUCCAGGGCCAGCAUUGCUCCAGGAAACCUGUGCCUGAUGCCACGGGCGGGAGUGCCUUGGGAAUGGUGUCCCGGAUUGUCAGCACAAUAGUGUGCAGGUUGGGAUCUGUUAUCCCAAAAGAGCUAUGGGACAUGAGCGUGAACAGGGAUGGCUUAGAGUUUGCCUGG